CACACAACAAGGACAACACAGCAACAGAAACCCUAGUACCAAGAAGAAAGAAGAGGCUUUGCAAGUUCACAGGAGCUAGCUGUUUACUGCGAAUGAACAUCCAGAGGAAGCCUGGAGAUUGGAACUGCAAGAACUGCCAGCACCUCAACUUCAGCCGCCGUGACUACUGUCAGCGCUGCCGUGAUCCACGGCCUGACUUGCAGUUCAGUGACGGCUACAGCACUGGUGGUGUGCUGACCUCCCUCGACAUCCGCCCGGGCGACUGGUACUGCAGCUGCGGCUACCAUAACUUUGCCAGCCGCAGCAGCUGCUUCAAGUGCGGCACUAUCGUCAGGGACUUCCCAGCGGGGCAAGGUGCAGCUGGUGCUGAGGGUGACUUUGCUCGCGGCCGUGACAGCGCCGCAGUUCGUGCUGGGUGGAAAGCUGGCGACUGGAUAUGCACAAGGCCCGGUUGCAACGUGCACAAUUUCGCAAGCAGGACUGAGUGCUACAGGUGCAAUGCACCAAGGGAAGCAGUAGGCACCGGAAAUUAAGAAACGACUGAGGUCACCGAGACCGUGAGAUGUGACGAGCUGGUCUGAGCAUGGAACCGAUUGCUGUCACACACUCACCAUCAGGCAUCGAGGAAGGAUGAGUUUACUACAUACACGAGUAUAUUGUUGAUUGCUGAGUCCCGUACUGCACUGCUGCUGUAUCCGCGGCUGCGAGGGUGGAGAAGUACCCAAGCUUUCCAAUUGUUACGUGUGCCCUUUGGCCCUUUGGCCCUUUUUUUCUUUUUGUGUGUGUCUUGAUUCAGUGACUGCUGAAUCUUACGGCUUGAUGUACUUGCGUUAUGUAUUGAUCUUAAACAUCAUAUAUAGUUAUCCAAGUGCUUGCUUCUUUA